AUGGCCGCCUCGAAGCCAGUGGAGCCACAGUCCGGUAGCGGACUCCCCCGCUGGCAGCUGGCGCUGCUGGUCGGGACACCUAUCGUAUUGGGUGUCGGAGCUGUUUAUCUGUGGAACCGCAGCAGGACGAAGCAAAGGAAAGGUACUGGAGAACGGAAAACCCCAGAAGGCAGCGCCAGCCCCGUGCAGCAGGGCCAGGACGGUGAAGCCCGGAGUGGCCGAGAGCAAGACAACACGAGUCCUUUGGACCGAGCCCAGGCGGCAAAGAACAAAGGUAACAAGUACUUCAAGGCAGGAAAAUACGAGAACGCCAUCCAGUGUUACACGGAAGCCAUUGCAGUGUGUCCUCUGGAGCAGAAGACGGAUCUGUCCACGUUCUACCAGAACAGAGCAGCAGCCUACGAGCAGCUGAUGAAGUGGGCUGAAGUGGUCCAGGACUGUUCUCAAGCCGUGGAGCUGAACCCACGAUAUGUCAAAGCUCUGUUCAGGAGAGCCAAAGCUCUGGAAAAGUUGGACAACAAGAAGGAGUGUUUAGAAGAUGUGACGGCCGUUUGUAUUCUGGAAACCUUCCAGAACCAACACAGCAUGUUGUUAGCAGACAAAGUUCUGAAGCAGCUGGGCAAAGAGAAGGCCAAGGAGAAAUACAAGAACCGAGAGCCCAUGAUGCCAUCUCCUCAGUUCAUCAAGUCGUACUUCAGCUCCUUUACAGAUGACAUCAUCUCUCAGCCGCUGCAGAAAGGUGAGAAGAAAGACGAGGACAAGGACAAAGAGGGGGAGACAGCAGAGGUUCAAGAGAGCUCUGGUUACCUCAAGGCCAAGCAGUACAUGGAGGAGGAGAACUACGACAAGAUCAUCAGUGAGUGCACCAAGGAGAUCCAGUCUGGAGGUCGUUUCUUAGCUGAGGCUCUGCUCCUCAGAGCCACCUUCUUCCUCCUGAUCGGAAACUCCACCGCUGCUCAACCUGACCUGGACCGGGUCAUCAACAUGCAGGAGGCCAAUGUUAAGCUGCGCGCCAACGCUCUAAUCAAACGUGGCAGUAUGUACAUGCAGCAACAGCAGCCCCUACUGUCCACACAGGAUUUUAACAUGGCUGCCGACAUCGACACACGGAACCCGGACGUCUACCAUCACAGAGGACAGCUGAAGAUCCUGUUGGACCAGGUGGACGAGGCCGUGGGAGACUUUGACGAGUGCAUCCUGCUGCGACCAGACUCUGCUUUGGCACAGGCCCAGAAGUGCUUCGCUCUGUACAGACAGGCGUACACAGGAAACAACCCUGCUCAGGUACAGACGGCCAUGGACGGCUUUGAGGAUGUCAUCAGGAGGUUUCCCAAAUGUGCAGAGGGCUAUGCCCUCUACGCCCAGGCUUUGACAGAUCAACAGCAGUUUGGAAAAGCAGACGAAAUGUAUGACAAGUGCAUUGAACUGGAACCAGACAACGCUACCACAUAUGUCCACAAGGGGUUGUUACAGCUGCAGUGGAAACAGGAUCUGGACCAGGGUCUAGAACUCAUUAGUAAAGCCAUUGAAAUUGAUAAUAAGUGUGACUUUGCUUACGAGACGAUGGGAACCAUUGAAGUCCAGAGGGGGAACCUGGACAAGGCUAUUGAGAUGUUUAACAAGGCCAUCAAUCUGGCCAAGUCGGAAAUGGAGAUGGCUCAUCUGUACUCACUCUGUGACGCAGCCUAUGCUCAGACUGAAGUGGCUCGCAAGUACGGCCUCAAACCCCCGACCCUCUAACUCUGUCUGCAUAUCCAGUGUGUUCAUAUCUUAGGAGAACCAACAGCGCUCAGACACCUUGACCCCACAUGUGUAAUUCUGUUCAUGUUCAGUGUUUCUGAUGGUUUUAUUUGCUCUGCCACUGGGAGUCGCUGUUCAGGCUUCAACUGGAUCAUUAAACCUAAUCUAUCCCAAAACAGCACUUUUAUAAAGGAAAAGUUCAGAUGUGUGACGUCCAUCACUGAAUAACUGUCCCUGCACCAAACCUCAUAGAGAAAAUAAUAGAUUUUAGCUCAGAGUCUCAGCAGCAGUUGAUCCACUGCUGCAUCCAUCACUGAGUUCUAAAGAGUUCCUCUGUGGCUUCACCACUGUUUAAAAUCCUUUAGAUUUACCUCAGUGACAAAGUGACCACAUGAGGCAGCAGUGGAGCAGCAGUUUCUUUGUCUCUGUGAACUAAUGUCACUGGAGUUCUCUUUGAUAUGGAACACUGAGGGAAGGUGUUAGAUCACGAUGGAGCAGACCUAAACUGUCCCCAAAAACCAUGACUUUGUUGAUGUGAAGAAAAACCUAAAGGGUUAAAUAAAGUCCAGUCGAAUCUUGAGAACCAAGAGUUAAACAGACCAGAAGUCUGGUUGAAUGAACAGAAGAACCGGAGCGUCCACUUCCUGUCAGCCGUGGAGCAGCGUUAAAAUGGUGUCUAGCCUGUCUGUGAUGGAGGCGUUGAACCCGCACACCUUCCUCAAGUGUAGAGCACAGAUUUGCCUGUUUUCUGUUGUAAAGCUAGUGCAGCAUGUCCAUGUUAUAAACCAUGUGAAUGUAAUGCCUGCUGUUGUCAACAAUGCGACAUGAAAAAAAACCUUUUGUUGAAAAUGUUUUCGUUGAAUUUGGCACCUGUUUUUUUAUAACUCAAGGAGAAGAUUUAUUUUCUAUUUAGUUGUAAAAUGUGUUUUAGGUCCAUUUGAUUGGUUUGGUUAAGUUUAAACUGGAACUUGGUUCACAUGAAUUUGGUUCUUCAGUAGCUUUUGUGGUGUCAUAAAUGUUUGGGUUAGAAAUCAGCGCCCCCUGCUGCUCCUGUUCAUUCACUGACCACUCUCUGCUCUUCUUAAAGAAAUACCUUUUUGAUUUUCACCUGCAACUGUUCAAGGCUCAUCUUCUAAAUCGGUGUCGUCUGAAAACCCAAGGCAAGUGUACUGUGACCAAAGUUAACCAAAAUAAAGUUCUGAUUCCUAACGAAA